UCAAAACACAAUUCUAUCGCUCAUUGAUUCAAAGCAAAAUUCCAACGCAAGAAAAGAAAAUCAAUUCGACAUUUCUCUCAAAAACACGUUGAAAUUCCCCAUUAAACUCUCGCAAAAACAUCUUUGGUAUCAAAUCUGUUUGAUUUCUGAAAACUUGAUCGUCUUCAACCUGCAUUUUUCUGAGAAGAUCAGCCAUGGAUUCAGCUUGCUUGAACUUGGAUUCUGUUCCAACAACCGAAAAUCACAGUAACGAAUUCAUUGCUGUCGAUUCACAGAGCAAGAAGGACGACUCUGGCGAGCCCGUUUCAGCAAUCUCGAAAAGUGGAAGGAGUAAAUUUUUGAAAGAGACAACCCAAUCAGCAAUGCACGGUCUUAACAAAUUUACCUCACAAAUCAAGAAGCCUACUCGCAGGAAGGUUUCCCCUAUCAAAUGGUUCCCUCGCAAGAACAUGGACUCUUACUUGAAGAGAAAAAUUAAAAUGCUGCAGGAAGUAGAUGGUCUGAAUUUAACAUUAGAUGAGACUUUAGGUGAUUCUAAUCCACAUUACUCCAGAGUAUUGAAAGAAAAGAUGGCAGUAAGAGAGGCAGCACAUAAAGCAAUGAAAGCUCGAAAAGCAGCCUUGGUCGAAGCCUCUUGGUGUCGAAUACUCCGAGCAGCUAGAAUUCAAUGUAAAGAAGCUGAAGAGAAAAUGUACGAAGCUGAGAAAGCUGCAGCCGAAGCUUUUGAAGCAGCUGCGGCUAUGGGAGUGAUCAUGUAUGAUACACCCAAUUGUCCACAGAAGACAUACAAAAUGGAAACUUCAUCUUCUUGUGGUGGUGGUUCUACAACUCACACCAUUACAACAUCUUUUGAGACAGAAUUUGAGGUUGAUAAGGAAGUGGCUGCAGCAGUAAAAACAGCAUUGGUUAGGCUUGCGAGUUGCUCUUCUUUACGAGAAGAUGACUUUAAGGAACUCCUACGAAAAAUCUCUCAGAACCCCGAGUGUGAUACUAAUGUAGCCCCAUUAGAGAUUUCUUCUGAAUGCGAAUCAGAGAAUGUCUCAGAACUUGAUCAAGCGCCUAGAAAAUCUGAUUUCAGCUCUCACAUUUUGGAUUGCAAGAUGCUGGAUUUACAUAUGAGACAGACAACUUCUGAGAAGGAGACCAAGAUUGAGGAUUUAAUGCAUGAAAGGCUUAGGGGUUUGAAAGAAGAAGAACUUUCCUCUCUUGCCACCAUAGUUGCAACUUGUGGUUUAAAUGCUGCAUUGGCUGAGGUAGGAAAUGGGAAGGUUCAUGAUGCAAAUUCCUCUGCAGUUCCGUCCUUUGUUUCAUCUCUUAACCUUCCUCGGAGAAUGUCUUCUGCCACUAAUUUGCACAAUGGAAGGAAGCAAGUUGAGUCAGAACUUCCCAGCCUAGAUAAAUUCUUGGUAAAGCACGUAACUAAAUUGGAAAGAGAAGUGCUUGAAGCAAAGAACAGCAGAAAGAACAAAGAAAAGGAAUUGGGCUUGGAUACUUCGAAAACGACAACUAUCGAAGAGAAAGUCGACUUUCAAGAUGAGAAAGUUGCUCCCAGCUUGGAAACUAUGCAGACAAAGCCACCUUCUUCAGAAGUUGUAGAAGAAAAGACCCGUAACAAGAAGUUACAGGCAAGACAAACAUUUGUUAGUCAUAAAGAAGUUGUGUCAGCAUUUCCUAGUCUCGACAAGUAUCUUGUGAAACAUGUCUCACGUCUUGAGAAAGAAGUACAAGAAGCGAAAAACAGACGAAAACUCGAGCCACUGCAGCCUCCUUCAGAAGAAUCAUUGAUGGAAACAAAAGGAAAGGAAAAUGUUAAUAUGCCAAGGAACAUGGAAGAUAGCCUAGAUAAGAUCUUAGUGAAGCCAGUGCAUAGGUUGGAAAGGGAAAAGAUGAUGGCUGUGUUAGCUGAAAGUAACUAUAACAACCAAAGACAAAAUAAGAAGCAGUUGGAUAACCAUACAUCAGACUGCCAAAGCUUGGAUGAAAUUUUUGUAAAGCAUGUCUCAAGACUGGAGAAAGAGAAAAUGAGAAGCAAACCAGAGAACAAUCUAAAGAGAAGUGAAAAAAAAUUCCAUUCAGUGGUGAAUGGAGGAGGAGAUGGUGGGGGUUUAGGUGAGAUUCUGGUAAAACAUAAAUCAAGACUUGAGAGAGAGAAGCUGCUGUGUUCACAGGAGUCAGAAAAUGAGAACAAAAGCUUUCAAACACGUCGUGAAGCUAGGGAGAAAGACGAUCUACAAUCAGCCUGGGGGGGCUUAAGUUUGGGAGACUCCAUGAGACCUCGUCUCUCCAAACUUGAAAGAGACAAGGCUGCCUGGAUCAAAGCUGAAGAGGAAGAAAGGAAGCAAAUUCUGAGUGAAAUUUAAGCUUUUCCUCCACUGGAGGAAGUGUAAUAUUAUUGUAUACUAUGCUUUUAUAUUUUGCCUUAAAUCACCGACAGUAACGUUAGUAACCUGAAUGAUAUCUUCAAUUUCUAGUUUGAA